AUGAGAAACUACGGAUUCUCCAAACCAAAGGCCUCCAGUUGGUCUUAUGCCAAUAAAGCAUCGAUUGCCGUCGCAAGUAUCCUCGGAACCCUGACUUUCUUCGGCAUCGUCUUCCUGGCAGUAUGGUGCAUCAAAAGAGCACGAGCCCGACGCCUCCGCAAAAUUCGAAACGAAAGCCAAGAUCUUUUCUGUCAAUCUACUCUCACUUUAACCGACGAUACGAGCAAGACUCUUGACACAUUCCUCAUGGAAGACGUUCAACCAGAACGCACAUCCCUCAUGUUCAGUCGCAGCCGUUCGCCUUCUUUCACAUUUGUCGUUGAGGAAAGUAAUCGCCAGAGCCCCGUGAAUGGACUAUAUCGUGCAAGCUAUGAUGCCUCCUCAAACAAUAUCAGCAAACUAGACUCUCUGACAACAGUCUCAACUGAUAUUUCUCUACCGAGCAUGAUGGUCUCACCUCUCACACAGACAACAUCAAACAACUCGGACAAACCCACUUCUCCAAUUUGUCUUUCCAGGGCCUCUACUGUGACAACUUCACCUAGGUCAUCGGCACUCUGGGUAACUACAUCUGCUUCAUCAACUAAUACUGCUAGUACUGCAUCGAGAAGCAUGGAAUCGAGCUCGAUAUUCGGUUCGCAAGAACCGGUCAGCUCAAGAACCUCGCAGUUUGCGCCAUCAUCGAAUAUCUUGCUCAGUCCUGCUAGUUCUCUUGUUCGUUCGACUACGUCUAAUACAUCGGGAGCUUCGCCCUCAUCGAAUAUCUUGCCUAGUCCUGCCAGCUCUCUUGUUCGUUCGACUAUGUCGACUACUUCGGGAGCUCCGAGUCGUUACGCUGGUUAUAAUGCUAGACACUCUGCGCCGCCCUUGGGUCAUCCUCCUCCGGCUGGGUCUAGAAGAGUGCAGGUCAUGUCUCAUCGGCAAAGUCCCUCGGCUGUCCAGUCGCCUAUGCAGUUAUCAUCUAACAAUUCGGGUCAGUCGUCACAAGUAUGA